ACCUGAAAAUCGAGUUAGGUGGCUCUUGGUAAGCUGGAGACAUUCAAACAGCAAGAAGGGGGAAAUGAAAAACAAACCAAAAAAAGAAUAAAAUAAAAUAAACGCAUAAAUAAAAAAGACAUAUAGUUGAUGAGCCAAUGACUUCCAGUGUGUGUUCGGAACCAGGGCAUUGCUGCUAUUGAUCCAGUGUGGGUGUCGUGCUGUCACAGUGCAAGCUGCAGCAACGCCCCCAGCGCACCUGCUUUGGUUGCAUGUUGUGAAAAGCACGGGUGCUCGCCUCCGCGAGUCGUGAUUACUGCUGAAGAAGAAGAUACUGCUUGACAUUCACAGGAAAUACUUUUAACUAGAGCUCUCCGAACCCACUUCGACCUGUCUGCUGCACGACCAACCUAGUCCACAGGUGUCAGACAACGACUGUAACUGGACUCGCAGAACCAUGAAGGCGCCGGUGGCUCUCUGUUUCUGGAUUUGUGCAACAGGUUUAAUACCUGCUUUCACUUCUACUGACGUGGCCGAUACCAGCUCCUCAGCAUCCACUACCCUCCUGCCACCCAAUGCCAAUGAAACGACAGACCACAGCUCAUUGGUUAACUCAACUGACCUGGUUUCCAAUGAAACGACAGGCAACAGCUCAUUGGUUAACUCAACUGACCUGGUUUCCAAUGAAACGACGGGCAACAGCUCAUUGGUUAACUCAACUGACCUGGUUUCCAAUGAAACGACAGGCAACAGCUCAUUGGUUAACUCAACUGACCUGGUUUCCAAUGAAACGACAGGCAACAGCUCAUUGGCCAAUUCAACUGGCCUGGUUUCCAAAGAAACUGCAGACAACAGCUCAUUGGUUAACUCUACCACAGAUACAUCAUCUCCAGCCCCCAAUACAACCCAUGUAAGCAGUACAACACCAGGAACAAGUGAGACCCAAGUAACUACCAACAUAUCCAGUACCAGUGCACCCAUGACCCUCAGUAGCACCAUGCCGGGGAAUGAUUCCUAUACCUCGCAGUAUAAGAGCAGUGUCAACACAAUGACUCCUUUACCAACCAGUAACGGUACCAUGAUCAGGAGCAGUCCAGAGCCGCCUGCCAGCACUGCUGAGAGCACAACGACCAGCCAGGUUUCAAACCCCACUGCCAGCACCACUGCCUCUGCUGUCAUCCAGCAGGAUACCCGAGGGGGCAAGUCUGGAAACAGCACCACUGAUGGGAUUGUGUCUCAGAAGAUUCGACCGCUGUCAGGGUCAGCAGUGGCGGUCACUGUGAUAGGGACGAUUGUAGUGCUGGGAUUACUGGUCGGAGCACUGGUCUGGAAGAAGAGGGAGAGGUACACUCGUCUUGAGGAAGACCAGCCCGUGGGAUCCCAGAGUAACUACACUAAUCCUGUAUACGGGCUCUGAGGAGCUCCCGCGGCAGGACUGAGCUGGAAUGCAAUGGGAGCAACCAAGAAAAAAACUGCUUUUUAAUGAAAAUCAAGAUACGGGAAUGAUGUACUGCUCAACCCCAGAACUACCCCUCCUCUGUAUCUGCUCUGAAAGACUCUGCUUGUGGCAAAUGCAGUUGCAUAGCAACAGAGGAACGUAAUGGACAUAGCGUGCUCUUGCAGUCUAGGUUUUAGCAGCAGGGCGGCAGGUAUACUGUAUAUACACACACACAUAGACACACACAAUCAGGUAUACUGUAUAUACACACACACAAUCAGCUAUACUGUAUCUAUACACACACACACACAAUCAGGUAUACUGUAUACAGUGCACUCCGUUUAUAAGAAUUACGGAUGUAAGAAUCAUAUUCUGAUCAAAACCACUGGGACCAAAUCAUUCCUAUACUAACCAUGAUAAAUUAAUCUGCUUGUAAGAAUCAAGCAAUCCGCUUAUAAGAAUCAUUUUGGGGCAAACUGACUAUAUGUAAUAUGGUACUGUAUCAAGUGCAAUGAUGUGUACAGCCAAUAAAGCUGUUUUUGAAUUUGAUCAUGAUUAGGCACGUACGCAGCGUGUAUAAAGUAUAAUCCCUGGUCCUCAGCCACUCUCAGUAGAAAAAAGCAAGUUGUGCAGUUUAUGUGUGAGUCGACAUGGCAGGAAAAGGCAUUGUGCUGGUAUAUUGUUUUUGUUCUCUGUUAGUGAAAAUGUGUUUUAAUAAAAUGAAUACACAUUCAUUGAA